AUGGACCUGGCCGUGCUCACGGUCGCGGACGAGGCCUUUUGGGACGACGGCGACGACGGAAUGUGCGCGUGCGCGCGGCUCUCGGGCGCUUUACCCCGCAUCGGCGAGGCGACGACGGUCAUCGGCUACCCGACGGGCGGCGAGCAGGUCUCCGUGACGAAAGGCGUCGUGAGCCGCAUCGACAUGCAGCGCUACACGGGCUACGCGAACGUCGAGCCGCUCCUCGUCGUGCAGAUCGACGCGGCGAUCAACGCGGGCAACUCCGGCGGCCCCGUCUUCGACGUCCGCGGCGACGUCAUCGGCGUCGCGUUCUGCAAGGACGCGACGGACGACUCCGACAACAUCGGCUAUCUGAUCCCCGCGCCCAUCGUGGGCCUCUUCUUCGGCGCCGUGGCCAUGCGGGAGGCGGCGGGCGGCGACGCGCCCUUCGUCGUGCCCGGCGUCGCGGGCCUGGGCGUGGCCACGCAGCCCGCGGAGAACGCGCACCUCCGGCGGCACUGCCGGAUGGCGCCGGGCACGACGGGCGUCGUCGUGACGCGCGUCGCGCCGCUGUCGCCGCUCCACGGCAAGGCGAAGACGGGCGACGUCAUCCUAGCCAUCGACGGCGUCGAGGUGUCGAACGACGGCAGCGUGCCGCUGCCCGACGACGCGCCGCCGAACGCCGGGAAGCGGCGCCGGCGGCCGCGCCGCGUCGACUACGACCACCUCGUGACGUCGCGGCCCGUGGGGUCCCGCGUCAUCGUCAAGCUCCACGACGCGACCACGGGCGAGGUGCGGGACGAGGACGUGGCGCUUGCGGCCGUGCCGCGGCUCGUGCCCUGCUUCCACGGCGUCGACGCGCGGCCGUCCUACUUCAUCUUCGGCGGGCUGGUCUUCGCGCCGCUGUCCAUGCCCCUCGUGGACGUCUUGGACACGACGUCCUACGACGACGAGACGACGCUGGCCAUCCGGCACGCGUGCGCGAACGCGGAGAAACGGGACCCGGACCAGCAGAUCGUCGUGCUCCAGCGCAUCCUCGUCGCGCCGGAGUGCAACGACGGCUACGACGACGCGCACCACGCGCCGUCGAUUUUGGAGAGCGUCGACGGGAAGACCGUGGACAACCUCCGGUCGCUCGCGGACUGCGUCGACGCGGCGGCGGGCGACUUCGUGCGCUUCGUCUUCAGGAGCGGCCACAUCAUCGCGCUGGACCGGCGCCUGUGCCUGAAGCACGACCCGGACACGCUCGCCAUGAACGCCAUCCCGAGCCGGUGCUCCGCGGACCUCGAGGACCCGGAGCGGCCGAGCGCGGCGUGGAACAUGUCGGCGAUUCCGGCCGUCGUCGCCGCGGAGCGCGUGCCCGGCGGCGAGGCGAACCGCAUCGUCGGCGUCGUCGACGCGCUCAAGUACUUCGACGCCAACGAGGGCGGCUUCGGCUUCCUGCGGCGCACGGGCCACCCCGUCGCGAACAGCCGCGAGCACCACGUCCAUUUCCGUAGCAAGGACGCGCCCGAGCCGUUCUCCGACCUCAAGGUCGGCAUGGAGGCGCGCGCCCCGCGUCCUUUUUGA